AUGUUCCUGGACCACAAGUCACUCUUCUACGACGUUGAGCCUUUUCUGUUCUACGUCAUGACUCUUGUCGACGACGACGGCGGCGCGCGCUUUGUCGGGUACUUUUCCAAGGAAAAAUCAAGCCCAAAGGAUUACAACGUUAGCUGCAUCAUGACGCUACCGGUUAGGCAGAGACAGGGUUGGGGGAACCUCUUGAUCGAUUUUAGUUACUUGCUUUCGAAGAAAGAGGGUCGCACAGGUACACCCGAAAGGCCGCUCUCGGCCCUCGGCGCGCUGAGUUACAAGAACUACUGGAAACUCACGAUCAUGCUUUUCCUUCACAAGGCGCAAGGCCGCAUACGUAUUCGAGACAUCAGCGCGGCGACAUGUAUUACGGCCGAAGACGUGUUCGAGACCCUCCGCGAGAACAAGCUGAUUACCGGACCGGGCAUCUCAACCAACUCGGUGGCUAACGCACUUCCGCGCAAACGAGGUCCCGGCAGGCCUCCGCGGAAACCGGUCGAGAAAAAGGAUGAUGGACAUGGACAUGAGCCUAGUGCCCCCGUGGUCCUGCCCCGCAAAUACACGAUUCGGUGGAACCCGGCCGAAGUCGAGUCGUAUGUCCAAAAUUGGGAACGCAAAGGUCACUUGCGGCUCAAACCCGACCGGCUCAAGUGGGUGCCUUACCGGCUGAGCCGUAUCCAACGACUGCGGACCAGCAGCAGGAACGAGAACGCGAACGAACAAGAGCCAGAUGCUGCGGAGCGGUCCGAGAGUGAUGACGAACCCGUUUCGGAUGCGAGUGAAGAUUUAGGCGGGCCUGUACAGCCUCUCGCUCCUGCUGCUCCUGCUGCUCCCCCGCCGGUCUUGAUUGUGAAUACUUUGAUUCCGCGCAAAACUCGAUCCCGGGUGCCGACAUCUCAUCCAUCGGAUGACGAAGUUGACGAAGAUGAGGACGCCGCUCCGCAUUCGAUGACGCGACGGUCGGGGUCUCGCCAGUCAACUCAGACACCCGGGCGGAACGAUACUCCCGAGCGGCGAAAUUUACGAUCAGGCUUACUGGGUUCGGGUAUGCUUACCCGUAAAGCAUCAUUGGGCAGCAACCUUGGAAUCGGUCGGCGAGGCUCUCCAGAUGGCGCACCAUUGACCCUUCGCACGCGCACACGCUCUAUGCAACUUCUCAAGGGCGAACAGACGACGCCGAUUAGACCUACGACACCUCCACGUCGAGAGACCCGGGCCCGCUCACUUAGGCAAGAUAAAGAGGACCGGGAGCAACUCAUGAGCGAUGAGGACUUGCCAGCAAUAGUGUCAUCGAGGAACAAGAAGAACUCGCGUCGGUCCUCGCCCGUUCGCAAACGGCGUCGGAUUGAAUCAAGUCCGGAGAGUACCCCCGCUCCCACCAGUCCUGGUAGGAACGGCUUGAGGAAUGGCAGAUCCCCGCUCGCGAACGGCCCUUCCUAUGUUCAGCGGGCUGAACGAGAGCGGUCCGUUAGCUUGGGCUCAGGGAUGGUAUACGAUGAUGUGCCUCCUGCUGUCCUGAACGGGAACAAUCCUCUUGUAGUGGUCUCGGCUCCUCCACCCCAGGCCCCACCUUCAGCCCUAUCCGCGCCCCUACCAACGGGUCAAUUAGGGAAUCCAACUUGCCCGUUUACGAGCGAUGACGGCUCGCCACUUACGAGUGUCAAGGAAGAGCUCACGGAUAUCGCUUCAGAAGGCCCGGCCCUGAUGGGCGAGUUUUAUGAUGAUGAUGCUCUGGGCGACGAAGACGCCGAGGGGGAACCUGACGAAGAUGCAGAGGGAGAAGUGGAUGAAUCACUUCUAUGA